GAAGAUUACAGUAACUAUGUUGGGAGUCGCGGUCGUUCUCGCGUUAUUGACGGCCGUUGUCAACAGUGACAUCUACAAUAUAUGUACCCCCUACCAGUGGGAAGGAAUCGAGGCUGUCGUCACGGGGACGGAGGAGGCAGGGACGUUGACGGUGACCCAGAGUACAUCCCGGUUCUCCUAUGAUGCCAACAACACCAGAAUAGCUGCCUCUACAUCCGGGUCACGGAAUGGCAGUUUGUUCCAGAAGGACUUCCUGUUCCUGUAUCAGCAGAGAAGAGUUUACAUCAUGGACGGGGGACGGUGCCGGGCACAGCAACUCCUCCACGACUUCCCGUCUCCAUGUCUCCCCCAGAACUUCUCCUGGACCUGGGACGUCACGUGGGAUGGGUUUCCCGGUAUGACCGGGCAGUUAUUCAUACUUGAGUUUGUGGGUGCUGUAGGCGACCUGUACUGCCGCGUACAAGUGUGCGCUAACUCACGAAUACCCGUCACUAUGCAGCAGACUGGAACUGUCAACAACGCUCCCGUAUUCCGGACGACAACCUACGCGAAUGCAACCCAAGGCUUCAAGAACCCGGAUGUAUUCACACUCCCGCCUAUCUGCAAGGCAGCAGAAGUAGAGGGAACUUUCGACGCACCGGGUUAUUUUAUCGGAUUGAGUUUUCAGUGAGGUUGUGUAAGGUGGUCCCAGGGCAGGAUUUUUUAGUGAUUGUAGGAAAAAAGUGAGAGGAGCAUUUACU